UGUGUACACACUGGUGGCUAAGGACUUUUCAUAAAAAUAAACACUUUGCUUAAACUUACUUUCCGAACUAUAUUACUUAAGUUAAUAGUAUGGCUAGCAGCUACGACAUACCCAGUUGGGCUGGAAAACCGCCCACUGGCUUACAUCUGGAUGUGCUAAAGGACGACAAACUAGUGCAAAAACUGAUGGUGGACGAGAAAAGAUGCUAUCUAUUUGGUCGCAACAGUCAGAUGAACGACUUCUGCAUAGACCAUGCCUCUUGUUCGCGGGUCCACUCGGCGUUUGUCUACCACAAGCACCUCAACAUAGCCUACCUCGUGGAUCUGGGGUCCACUCAUGGCACCUUUAUUGGAACACUAAGAUUGGAGGCGCACAAGCCCACACAGCUGCAGAUUAAUAGCACCUUCCACUUUGGGGCUUCUACCCGGAACUACAUACUCAGGGAACGACCUUCUGGCCACCACAGCAACAUCAUGGAAGACCUACCGCUCAGUGAAACCAGCGAUGGAGCUCUCCUAGGCCUGCCCGAAAGCCAAACGGAGCUUGAUAAUCUCACAGAAUACAACACGGCCCACAAUCGGCGCAUCUCAAUGCUGGGCAUUGAUGAUGAUACCAAUAUGCGAAAGCAAAACGCCUUGAAACAGGGACGGCGCACUCGAAAUGUCACAUUUAACGAUGAGGAGAUUGUCAUCAAUCCUGAGGAUGUGGAUCCCAAUGUGGGACGCUUCAGGAACUUGGUACAAACCACUGUGGUGCCCGCCAAGAGGGCUCGCUGCGACGUCAACCAUAUGGGCAUCCAUUCGGGCAAUAGCAGUUUGUCCAGUGCCAAUGCCGCACAUGUGCACCAAAUGUUCCAGCAGAGCCUAGUUGACAUGAAGCAGCAGCAUAGGGAAAUGCCUCCGCCCAGUGGAGCGGUGCUCCACUCGCCUACUAAUUCCCUGUAUCAAGGUCUACCGGCCGAAAUGCAUGGCAAGGGUGAUCUAGAGCCCAUCUCCCCGCUGAGCAUUGGUUCCAAGUUGGGCCUACUGCUCCCGAAUCCUGCGCCUGAAGUGCUGCCAAUCUAUGACGACGCUGUGGAGACCUCGACAUUGGCUCAAAAGUUGGCCGUCGCUAAUGCAAACGUUCGUCGCUUUGGUGAGGAUCCGCAUGACUCGAGUGGCGAGGGCGAUUCGCUGUGCCCGCAGAAAAAGAAAUACGCCAAGGAAGCAUGGCCAGGUCGUAAGCCUAUGUUGGGGCAGCUGUAAAGGCGUACUAGCAGCCAUGCUCUUAGCAAAAUAAUUAAGAUUCCACCUACGAUUUUCUCAACCCUAUGAUUGACAACAUACUUUUGAGUAAUAUUUGUUUAUUAGACUUUCAACGUGAAACAAAACA